AUGGCAACAGAGAAAAACCAAGAUGAAAUGCUACCAUCAGCUGCUGCCACGACUCCAGCCAUGGCAUCAUGUCGAAAAAAGAAGUCCACGGAUGCCACUUUCUUGGAGGAUUUGAAGGAUCACAUGGAUGAGUUUAUUUAUGCUUCCAUGGACGAACACAAAACUUGCUUUAAGAAGACCAUCCAGAAGGUAUUACUGAGAAUGGCAACAGAGAAAAACCAAGAUGAAAUGCUACCAUCAGCUGCUGCCACGACUCCAGCCAUGGCAUCAUGUCGAAAAAAGAAGUCCACGGAUGCCACUUUCUUGGAGGAUUUGAAGGAUCACAUGGAUGAGUUUAUUUAUGCUUCCAUGGACGAACACAAAACUUGCUUUAAGAAGACCAUCCAGAAGAUGUUUGGAAUGUCAAAAGUUGUUGCUGAAAGGAGUUCCAAGGCGAAGGAAGUUGAAAGUUCUUUGCCCCUUCAAACAACCUUGUCUGAAUAG